AUGACGAGGCGUUCCUCCGUAAGCAGAAGCACCUGAAGGCCCAGGCGUUUGCUCUGAAGAUGCGUCCGCGUAAAGAAGUGCUGGAGGUCAACUACAUCGACCUGUACAUGUGUAUGGCGUGUGGGCGGGGCGAUGAGGAGGACCGCCUCCUGCUGUGUGACGGCUGUGAUGACAGCUGCCACACCUUCUGCCUGAUCCCGCCGCUGCAGGACGUCCCCCGCGGAGACUGGCGCUGCCCCAAGUGUGUGGCUGAGGAGUGCAGUAAGCCCCGUGAGGCGUUCGGGUUCGAGCAGGCGGUGCGCGAGUACACACUCCAGAGCUUCGGGGAGAUGGCGGACCACUUCAAGUCUGACUACUUCAACAUGCCUGUCCAUAUGGUGCCGACGGAGCUGGUGGAGAAGGAGUUCUGGCGUCUGGUCAGCAGUAUUGACGAGGAUGUGAUCGUGGAGUACGGCGCUGACAUCAGCUCUAAAGAUGUGGGCAGCGGGUUCCCUGUGCGGGACGGCAGGAGGAAGCUGAUCGGGGAUGAGGAGGAGUACGCAGCGUCGGGCUGGAACCUGAACAACCUGCCAGUGCUGGAGCAGUGUGUGCUGACACACACCAGCGGGGACAUCAGCGGGAUGAAGGUGCCCUGGCUGUAUGUGGGCAUGUGCUUCUCCUCCUUCUGCUGGCACAUCGAGGACCACUGGAGCUCCUCCAUCAACUACCUGCACUGGGGUGAACCCAAGACCUGGUACGGCGUCCCGGCCCGCGCCGCUGAGCAGCUGGAGUGUGUGAUGAAGAAGGUGGCCCCGGAGCUGUUUGACUCCCAGCCAGACCUCCUGCACCAGCUGGUCACACUCAUGAACCCCAACGUGCUGAUGGAGCAUGGCGUCCCGGUGUACCGGACCAAUCAGUGCGCAGGAGAGUUCGUCAUCACCUUCCCCAGAGCCUAUCACAGCGGCUUCAACCAGGGCUACAACUUCGCUGAGGCCGUCAACUUCUGCACCGCCGACUGGCUUCCCAUCGGCAGGCAGUGUGUGUCGCACUACCGGCGUCUGCAGCGCUACUGUGUGUUCUCGCAUGAGGAGCUGGUGUGUAAGAUGGCGGCGGACCCCGAGGGUCUGGAUGUGGAGCUGGCGGCGGCCGCGGUGCGGGAGCUGGAGGAGCUGCUGGAGGAGGAGACGCGGCUGAGGAGCGCCCUGGAGGAGACGGGGGUGAUCUCCUCAGUGCAGGAGGUGUUCGAGCUGCUGCCGGAUGACGAGCGUCAGUGCUGGAGCUGUAAGACCACCUGUUUCCUGUCGGCAGUGACCUGCAGCUGCAGCCCGGAGCGGCUGGUGUGUCUGCGUCACGUGGGGGAGCUGUGCAGCUGCCCGCCCGCCAACAAGUGCCUGCGCUUCAGGUACGCUCAGGAGGAGUUCCCCGCCAUGCUGUAUGGGGUGAAGACUCGUGCUCAGUCCUAUGACACCUGGUCCCGCAGGGUGACGGAGGCGCUAGCGGCAGACAGCAGGAACAAGAGAGAUGUGAUCGAGCUGAAAGUGCUGCUGGAGGACGCGGAGGACCGCAGGUACCCAGAGAACAGCCUCCUGCGCAGCCUCAGGGACACACUGAAGGAGGCAGAGACCUGCUCCUCUGUAGCACAGCUGCUGCUCACACACACACACCGACACAGAAGGGAGCGUGCGGAUAGCGGCACACAGAAGCCGCGCAGUAAGCUGACGGUGGAGGAGCUGAAGGUGUUCGUGGAGCAGCUCUAUAGACUGCCCUGCGUCAUCAGCCAGGCCCGACAGGUCAAGGAUCUGCUGGAGAGUGUGCUGUUGUUCCACGAGCGUGCGCAGGCAGCGCUGGCGGACCUGACGCCAGACUCCGGGAAGCUGCAGGCGCUGCUGGACCUGGGGUCAGGGCUGGACGUGGAGCUGCCGGAGCUGCCUCGGCUGCAGCAGGAGCUGACCCAGGCUCGCUGGCUGGACGAGGUGCGUGUAACACUUGCGGAACCGCAGAGGGUCACGCUGGAGCUGAUGAAGCGCCUCAUCGACUCGGGCGUAGGUCUGGCCCCGCACCCGGCCGUGGAGAAGGCCAUGGCGGAGCUGCAGGAGCUGCUGACGGUGUCCGAGCACUGGGAGGAGCGUGCCAGAGCCUGUCUGCAGGCCCGGCCAAGACACAACCUGCUGACGCUGGAGAGCAUCGUCACCGAGGCCAAGAACAUCCCGGCACACCUGCCCAAUGUGCUGACACUCAGAGACGCCCUGCACCGCGCCAAAGAGUGGAGCGCCAGGGUGGAGGCCAUACAGAACGGCACUAACUACGCCUACCUGGAGCAGCUGGAGGGUCUGCUGGCGAGGGGCCGCUCUAUCCCAGUACGGCUGGAGGCUCUGCCCCAGGUGGAGUCUCAGGUGGGCUCAGCAAGAGCCUGGAGAGAGAGGACCGCCCGCACCUUCCUGAAGAAGAACUCCACAUACACACUGCUGCAGGUGCUGAGCCCCCGUGUGGACGUGGGUGUGUACGGCAGCAGUAAGAGCAAGCGUCGGCGUGUGAAGGAGCUGCUGGAGAAGGAGCGAGGGCUGGAUCUGGAGGCGGUGUGCGAGCUGCAGGAGUGUGUGGAGGAUGCGCGGGACCCCGCCGCAGUGGUGGCCGCCUUCAAGGCCCGCGAGCAGCAGGAGGUGCAGGCCGUGCACUCGUUACGGUCCGCCAACCUGGCCAAGAUGGCGCUGGUGGAGCGUGUGGAGGAGGUGAAGUUCUGCCUGUGCCGCCGCUCUGCCUCCGGCUUCAUGCUGCAGUGUGAGCUCUGCAAGGACUGGUUUCACGGCGCCUGCGUGCCCCUGCCCAAAGCCGGAUCCCAGAAGAAGCUUGCGUCCGGCUGGCAGAGCGGCAGCAAGGAGAGCAAGUUCCUGUGCCCGCUGUGCCAGCGCUCACGCCGCCCGCGCCUGGAGACCAUCCUGUCCCUGCUGGUGUCCCUGCAGAAGCUGCCGGUGCGGCUGCCGGAGGGCGAGGCGCUGCAGUGCCUGACGGAGCGGGCCAUGGGCUGGCAGGACCGCGCCCGACAGGCCCUGGCCACAGACGAGCUGUCCUCCGCCCUCGCCAAGCUGUCGGUGCUCAGCCAGCGCAUGGUGGAGCUAGCGGCCCGCGAGAAGACCGAGAAGAUCAUCAACGCUGAGCUGCAGAAGGCCGCCGCUAACCCUGACCUGCAGGGCCACAUCCAGACGUUCCAGCAGUCGGGCUUCAGCAGAGCAGCGUCUCCUCGGCCCUCGCUGGACUAUGAUGAUGAGGAGACGGACUCAGACGAGGACAUUCGAGAGACGUACGGUUAUGACAGCAAGGACGCAGGCGAGGUGAAGCCGUACCUAUUCUGUGAUGAGGAGAUCCCAGUGAAGUCUGAGGAGGUGGUCAGUCACAUGUGGCCCACCACACCCUCCUUCUGUGCGGAGCACGCCUACUCCUCCGCCUCCAAGAGCUGCCCGCAGAGAGGAUCCUGCAGGCCACGCAGCCGCCGUCAGAGGACCGCUUCCUGCAGGGGGUGGAGGCGGAGGACGCCCCGCUGGAGCGCGCGCUGAAGCUGAAGGUGAAGGAUCUGGAGAAGAAGAGGAAGAGGAAGCUGGAGCGGGCGGAGCUGCUGCUGUCGGGGGCCGCGGGGGGCCGGAGCCGCGACCUGAAGAGGGCGCUGGAGCUCAAGCCCAAGAAGAAGAAGCUGAAGAUGGGCCCUGAGAAGAGCCGCGAGCUCAAGCAGCUGGCCAAGCGCAUCGCCAAGGAGGAGAAGGAGCGCAAGCGCAAGGAGAAGGACAAGGAGAAGGCCAAGGCGGAGCUGCCCCCCGGCCCUGGCCCCGACAGGAGCCGCCGCAAGGCCCUCGACAUACCCUCCAAAUAUGACUGGUCCGGGGCCGAGGACUCCAACGAUGAGAACGCCGUCUGUGCGGCCCGCAACUGCCAGAGGCCCUGCAGGGACAAGGUGGACUGGGUGCAGUGUGACGGCGGCUGUGACGAGUGGUUCCACCAGGUGUGUGUGGGUGUGACCUGUGAGAUGGCGGAGACCGAGGACUACAUCUGCUCCAGCUGCUCGCACACACACACCCCUGCGUCAGCAGCUACAGAGACUGUGCUGAUCAGCUCCAGUGUACCGUACAGCAGCGCACAGGACAACAGCUAACCCCACACACACACACACACAACACUCUCUUGUAUAUAUGGUUUAUGAGGACUCUGUAGGCGUGACGUGUUUUAUACUGUAAAGCUCCUCCCCUAAGCCCCGCCCUCAGCACACCUGUGGAUGAUUGACAGAACCCCAUUAAAUAUGAUCUGAGCUGACGGUUGUGCAUUAUGGGGACGUCUGAGUGUGUCCUCGUAAUCCAAAACACUCAGACAGCAGACUAAUGUUUUUAUUCCAGUCAACACGAUAAUCACACACACACACACACUCCUGAAUGCUAUUUAUUACACUGCUGAUGAACUGUAGGGGGUUAUUAUGGGAUGUCGGGGGUCUGGUUUGCUGACUCAGCUCUGGAUUGGCUGGUGUGGGCGCUGGUCCUCCUCUUCAUCUGCUCUUCUCUGUCUGGUAUUAAAUGUUCUCCAGGAUCGGAGUGUGUGCAUUGUGGGAUUGAUUGAGUGAGUGUUUUAUGCACUAUUAAGGGCAUAGGGGUGAUUUCAGACAAAGCCGUUGACUCUAUGGUGUAAAAGUGUACAGCAGGGGUGUCUGAUUCCUCCAGAGUUUAGGUCCAGGCCUGCUUCAACACCCCUCUCCUGAAGCAGUCCAUCAGCUGUGUUUGAUCAGGGAUGGAGCUGAACUGUGCAGAGCUGCGGCCCUCCAGGAGCUGAGUGUGACCAUGUGGUGUACAUGUGGAGCUCCGCCAGCUCACACAUGAGCAGGAGUACUGCGGUGUGGUAUUAUCAGCAUCAUCUGAGCAUUAUUGGGCAGGUAACGUCAUCCUAAGCCCCAAAUCUCUGACACAUCUAUG